GACGCUAGUCCGUACCUAGUAGAGUACCAGCAACUAGUGCUGGCGGUCACCGCCUGUCCUGGUCUCUUCAUUCCUGUCCUCUCCCCCAUACCUGUCACUCGCAUAUUCUAUACCUAUCCUCGCCCGACAGAGCCCUGCUGUCUUUCCCUCGACUCUCUGUUGCCUUUCUCCUGACAUCCUCGUGUGUGCUGAACAGUUGCAAUGCGCGGUGAGAUCUGCCACCUUCACAUCGGCCAGGCCGGUACCCAGCUUGGUAACAGCGCCUGGGAGCUGUACCUGCUCGAACACGGUCUGAAGGCCGAUGGUCGAGUUGACGCAGAAGCUGCCCAGGAAAUCGGUGAUGCGGGCUCCUACGAGACCUUUUUUACCGAGACCAGUGGUGGUAAAUAUGUUCCUCGCUCAAUCUUCGUGGACUUGGACCCCUCGCCUAUUGAUGAGAUCCGCACCGGUGACUACCGCUCUCUGUUCCACCCGGAAAUGCUGAUUAGCGGCAAGGAGGAUGCGGCCAAUAACUAUGCUCGUGGUCACUACACCAUUGGAAAAGAGCUCGUCGACAAUGUCAUCGACCGCAUUCGUCGUGUUGCCGACAACUGCACAUCGCUCCAAGGUUUCUUGAUUUUCCACUCCUUCGGUGGUGGUACUGGAUCCGGCUUUGGUGCUUUGCUGCUUGAGCGUCUCUCUACCGACUACGGAAAGAAGUGCAAGCUCGAGUUCUCUGUCUACCCGGCCCCUCGUGUCUCGACUGCCGUCGUCGAGCCAUACAAUGCUGUUCUCUCCACACACAGUACUAUCGAAAACUCAGACUGCACCUUCUUGGUCGACAAUGAGGCCGUCUACGACAUUUGCCGUCGCAACCUAGACAUUCCCCGCCCCAGCUACGAACACCUUAAUCGCCUGAUCGCCCAGGUCGUCAGCUCUAUUACUUCCUCCCUCCGCUUCGACGGUGCCCUCAACGUCGACCUCAACGAGUUCCAGACCAACUUAGUGCCUUUCCCCCGUAUCCACUACCCAUUGAUCUCCUACGCCCCUGUUGUCUCCAAGAACCGCAGUUCUCACGAGAGCUUCAAGGUUAAUGACCUCACCCUCCAAUGCUUCGAGCCAAACAACCAGAUGGUGGUUUGCGAUCCCCGCAAUGGCAAGUACAUGGCUGUUGCUCUGCUAUACCGUGGUGAUGCUGUUCCUCGUGACUGCAAUGCCGCCAUUGCCUCGCUCAAGGCGAAGUCAUCGUUCAACUUGGUCGAAUGGUGUCCCACUGGCUUCAAGCUCGGCAUUAACUAUCAGAAGCCCGUGCGUGUUCCUGGAGGCGAGCUGGCCCCUGUCGACCGAUCCGUCAGCAUGCUGUCCAACACUACAGCCAUUGCUGAGGCCUGGAACCGUCUUGACCACAAGUUCGAUCUCAUGUACUCCAAGCGAGCCUUCGUGCAUUGGUACGUCGGUGAGGGUAUGGAGGAAGGCGAGUUCUCCGAGGCCCGUGAGGACUUGGCCGCCCUUGAGAAGGACUACGAAGAGGUUGCCAGCGACAGCAUUGACGUCGAGGGCGAGGAGGAGCUCGAGUACUAGGCGAAUUGCGGUACCUGGUUCCUUUUUUUUCAACAUCAGUUGGCACGAUUCGCUUUAUAACCCACUUAAUAAGCCUUGUUACUAUUCCAUAUUUCGGUUCUCUACUGCUUAGUUGAGCUAUCAAGUAGAGAGAGUAUCCGUCGCACAUAUCCCCGCACAUCCGGCAUCCAUCCCGCUUUGAUGAUUCCUGAGACAACCCCUGUUGUUAACACGAAAGCUGCUAAUAACUUCGGCCGCUAGGGUCAACCUUUAACGACGAAU